UGUCCUCUUGGUCCAUAUAGGAAAAGUUAUUAAGAAUGUGACCCGUCAUUGGCUUUCAUCUGCAUCUCUACAUUAUCCCAUUGGAUCUCGCGUUUGUUUGCUGCUCUCAUCAGACAUUUGGAUGUCAGAACUGCAAGUGUAAGAGAGUCAAAUGCCUAUGAUAGGAGACAGCAGAAGCCACAGUCAGAAGGGAUUGUGAAGGAGUUGACAGUCUUGACUUGAAAGAUAUGACAGAGCAUGCUGAGCUGCUAACAGAGAUGGCAACUAUCGGCCGUCUCUCAGCCACUGAGCGCCUGAAGCAUGCGCAGAAGAGACGGGCACAGCAGCUGAAAGGCUGGGCUCAGAUGGAGAAGGACAGUGCCCGUAGUCAAAAGGGCAACCACAAGGGAGAUGGGGUGAAGAAAAGCAGAAGGGUGACCUUCAGCACCAGUGUGACGUUACUGGAAGCUGCAGCCAGGAAUGACAUAGAGGAGGUACGAGAGUUGCUCAAUAAUGGAGUCAGUCCAGACUUGUUCAACGAGGACGGGCUCACUGCACUUCAUCAGAGCUGCAUAGAUGAUUUUUUGGAUAUAGCACGCUGUCUUCUGGACGCGGGCGCAAACGUGAAUGCGUGUGACAGUGAACUGUGGACCCCACUACAUGCGGCAGCCACCUGUGGGCACACUGACCUCGUCCAGCUGCUGAUAGAAGCGGGUGCAGAUCUGUUGGCGGUGAAUGCAGAUGGAAACAUGCCGUAUGAUCUGUGUGAAGACGAGGCUACGCUAGAGCUCAUAGAGAUGAUCAUGGCAGAGCAGGGGAUUACCCAGGAGAGAAUUGAUGAAUGUCGCGGAGCCAAGGAGAGAGCAGUAUUGUCUGACCUUCAAGAGCUGGUUGCGAGCGGAGCUGAUCUGAAUGUGAAGGACGAGCAGGGGGCCACUCUGCUGCAUAUAGCAGCUGCUAAUGGAUACGUGUCAGUUGGGGAGCUGUUGCUGGAGCACAGAAUAUCUCCUAACGACAGGGAUGCUGACGGGUGGACGCCGCUUCAUGCUGCUGCCUGCUGGGGACAGAUCCAGAUGGUGGAGCUGCUGGUAGCUAAUGGUGCAAAUUUAAACGCCAAGUCUGAGCUGGAUGAGACGCCUCUGGAUGUGUGCACUGAUGAGGAGGUGCGGGCCAAAAUGAUGGAGCUGAAACACAAACACGAUGCCAUCAUGAAGGGUCAGGACAAACACAAAAACACACUGCAGAGACGAGUGUCCAGCACGGGCAGCAGAGGUAAAGUAGUGAGGCGCACCAGUGUGAAUGAGCGCAGCAGUCUGUAUCGCAGAGAGCAUCAGAAGGAAGCCAAAGUGUGGCAGGAGAGAGGAAGACAGACAGAUGCCCUGGAUGAUGAUGAAGACAGACAGACUGAUGCUGAACUGAACCUGCAUGCUGCAUUGGUGUCCGGCUCUAAUGCAAUCCCUGUUCCUCCAUUAGAGGUCGGCGAGGUGGAAAAUGGAGCUCAAGUUUUGGGGAAUGGCAGCACAGCUUUAUUUUCUUCCUCACUUCCAGGAGAACUCCAAGGAGGGGGUCUCAUGGAUCGCAGCGCCUCCUAUCAGCUCACUCCAGCUUCAGCUGCUGCUGCUGGCGGGGACGACAUGAGCAGAGAAAGAUCUCACCACACGCUCGCAGAUCUCAAACGACAGAGAGCAGCAGCUAAACUGCAGAAACAUCCAGCACCUGCUUUACCUCUGUCAGCAGACCCUCAAGAUGAGGUCAUUCCUGAAGGACCCCAGGGGCCGCUGGAGCCCCCUGAAUCAGUACAACAGGAUGUGUCCCCCAGUGAGGUGUACUUUACCCAAGCUAGUGGAGAUCCACCUCUACUGAAGCUGAGAGCACCAGAAGAGGACACAACUAAUACGAAAGAGCCAUGCUGUGGACUCAUGUAGAAGCAGCGGACGAACAUGUUUGGUUUCAUAUGAUUGUGCAGUUCUUGUGUACGACGUGGACAAACUAGAAUUAUAAGGCAGGUACGUGGAAAUGAGUUUUAUGUCCAAGUCACACUUUCUCUCACAAUGGCACAUAGACUGAGUGAGCUGACGUUUUCAACACUAAUAUGAAUAAUAGCACCAGAAUUUUGAUGGGUUUACAUACCUUUCUGAAUGUAUAACACAAGAAAUCAGAAAAAAAGAAGACCGCCUACAUUUAGAUAAUUUCAUGGAUUAAUUGCAUUAUUGCAGUAUUUCAAUCUUUUAAGCUCAUCAUUUUAUUUUAAUUAGUUGGUAUGGUCAUUAAAGUUUCAAAGUAUUGAUUCAGUUGUUCAAUACAUGGAGAGAAAAAAACUGACACUGAGCACUUUACUUGACAA